CCAUCUCAGUCAGCCCGGCGUCCUGUGACUGCUAAGAGCCUCCCGCCUGCGGUACUGCACUGUAGCCCCCCCCCCCCCCGCUACUGUCAUGCCGUCUCCUAUCCCUGUGGAGCGCUUCCUGCCCCGGGACUUGUCUCCGUCCAUAGACCUGCGUCCCUGCAGCAGUCCCCUGGAGCUGAGCGGCCGCAAGCCCGGCUCCAUUCUCCCCGCUUCCUGUAACCAGCGCCUGGCCGUCCCCCGGCUUCCCCCCCGCCUGGCCUGGUGCAGCAUUGACUGGGAGCAGGUGCGAGUGCUGGAGCCACUGGGCUCCGGGGGCUUCGGCUCCGUCUACCGGGCCACCUACCGCGGCCAGACAGUGGCGCUGAAGAAGGUGAAGCGCUGCAGCAAGAACCGCCUGGCCUCCCGGCAAAGCUUCUGGGCCGAGCUGAACGCCGCCAGCCUCCGGCACCCGCAUGUGGUGCGCAUCCUGGCCGCCAGCGCCUGCUGCCCCGGAGACCCCGGCAGCCCCGGGACCAUCAUCAUGGAGUACACGGGGAACAGCACCCUGCACCAGCGCAUCUACGGCCGCGGCCCCCCGCUGGAGCGGGACUGCUGCCUGCGCUACGCCCGGCACGUCGCGGACGGCCUGUGCUUCCUGCACCGGGGCGGGGUGGUGCACCUGGACCUGAAGCCGGCCAACGUGCUGCUCGCCCCGGGAGACCUCUGCAAGAUCGGGGACUUCGGCUGCUCGCAGCGGCUCCACGAGGGCGGGGAGGAUCCGUGCUGGAGCCAGCUCCGCCACCUGGGGGGCACCUACACCCACCGCGCCCCGGAGCUGCUCCGCGGGGAGCCAGUGACGGUGAAGGCGGACAUCUACGCCUAUGCGGUGACGGUGUGGCAGAUGGUGACCCGGGAGCUGCCGUACACCGGGGACCGCCAGUGCGUGCUCUACGCCGUGGUGGCCUAUGACCUGCGCCCGGAGAUCGGCCAGACGUUCCGCUGCACCGAGGCGGGCAGCGCCCUGGGCGACAUCGUGCAGAGCUGCUGGGUGCCCCGACCGGAGGACCGACCCGACGCCAAUCAGAUCCUGCAGAGACUGGACGCGGCCGACUGCUCAACGUCCUCUGUGCUGCUGACAAGGGAAACCCCCCUGGACUCCCCUCAGGGACCUGGCUCGGGGGAUGAUGGCAGCUGUCAGCCUGAUGUCUGGUCCCACACAUGAAGACAUAUGCCCCUUGUAUAGGAACACGGCACCUCUCUAUGUGCAGGGUGAACUGCAGGUCUAGAGCCCACCCAGGACCUUUCCUACAUACCAGUGAAUGAUGUGGGGCUGGCAUGGUGACGGGUGCUGGGCACAGAUAGGGCAGUGGCUCGGUUACUACAUUGUGUUUUGAUGCUGUUUAUGUGUUGUGUUUUUAUGUCUGGUAGAUCGUUAUGAAACAUUUAAUAAAUGUGAUUUGGAUAAUACAGGGUGCAGGAUACUCUAAUGAACAGCGCCGAUCCGUGGCACCUGCUGUUAA